UCUCGGCAGCAUCAGUCAUUGCCUGCUCGCAGUCUACCAUCUCCAGCAGCGGCAAUGAGGAUCCUGGUGUGCGUGUUGCUGUUCGGACUGGCUCUGGCCGAGGAGAAGCAAGUAGAAAAGCGUGGGCUGAUUGGCUCCCUGGGUAGCUAUGGCGGCGGUGGGUACGGAUCGACCAUCGACCACGGCAUCGGCGCCAGCAGCUACAGCAGCGGCGGCAUCAGUGGUGGAUACGGGGGUGGCUAUGCUGGUGGUUAUGGAGGCGGCUUUGGAGGCGGCUAUGGAGGCGGCUAUGGAGGCGGCAUCGCCUCUGCUGUUGGAGGCGCUCGCGUCACCAACAUUGCCAUCACCAAGCAGGUCCCUGUCCCGUACCCAGUACCAGUGCAGCGUACUGUCCCAGUACCAGUCAGGGUUCCUGUCACGGUGCCAGUCAACAGGCCGGUACCAGUGCCCGUCCCACAGCCGUACCCUGUCCCCGUGCAGAGGCCAGUCCCAGUACCCGUGAAUGUCCCUAGCCCAGUCCCUGUACCAGUACCACAGCCCGUCGUCGUCAACCAGCCGGUACCUGUAGUCGUGGGAGGCGGAGCUGGUGUCGGCGGAGGUCUCGGAGGCGGCUACGGUGGCGGAAUUGGUGGAGGCUACGGUGGAGGCUAUGGUGGAGGCUACGGUGGAGGCUACGGAGGAGGCUACGGUGGUGCCAUCGGCGGUGGCUACGGUGGUGGCUACGGUGGUGGCUACGGUGGUGGCUACGCUGGGGGUAUCUCUGGAGGCUAUGGAGGCUACGGGAAAUACAUGAAACCAUCUACCAGCAUCAGUCAUUGUCUGCUCACUGUACCAUCUUCAGCAGCGGCAAUGAGGAUCCUGGUGUGCGUGUUCUUGUGUGGUUUGGCUCUCGCUGAAGAGAAGCAGGUAGAGAAACGGGGAUUGAUUGGCUCCCUGGGUGGCUAUGGAGGUGAUGGAUAUGGAAUCGGCGCCAGCAGCUACAGCAGUGGCGGGCUCAUCGGUGGUGGUUAUGGGGGCGGCUAUGGAGGCGGCUACGGAGGCGGCUAUGGAGGUGGCUAUGGAGGCGGUAUCAGCUCUGCUGUUGGAGGCGCUCGAGUCACUAACAUUGCCAUCACCAAGCAGGUCCCUGUCCCAUACCCUGUAACUGUCCAGCGUACUGUCCCGGUACCAGUAAGGGUUCCUGUCACGGUGCCAGUCAACAGGCCGGUACCAGUACCUGUCCCACAGCCGUACCCUGUCCCCGUGCAGAGGCCAGUCCCAGUACCCGUGAGCGUCCCUAGCCCAGUCCCUGUACCAGUACCACAGCCCGUCGUCGUCAACCAGCCGGUACCUGUCGUCGUGGGAGGCGGAGUUGGUGUCGGCGGAGGCCUCGGAGGCGGCUACGGCGGCGGCUUUGGUGGAGGCUAUGGAGGAGGCUACGGUGGAGCCAUCGGCGGUGGUUACGGUGGAGCCAUCGGCGGUGGCUUCGGUGGUGGUUACUCUGCAGGCAUCUCUGGAGGCUAUGGAGGCUAUGGGAAAUACGGCCACUAACAUCGCUGACCUCAACGUCUCAAACGAAACACAACGCCAGAAAUUCAUUGUUUAUGCUUUGCAUACAUCUGUAUAGCAGAAAAUAAAUGAGAUCU